UGAACGGACCUGGCAACCCAGCAGUUUCCUAGUGAGCUCUCUCGCCGCGUGCACUUCAGACAGAGUGGGAGCAGCAGCGUGGUGGGUUUGGGAAAAACGCGGAGGCUCCCGGCGCAGAGAAAAACUUAAACUCUAUCAGAUAACCGAGUCGCCGCUAAAAUGCUCGUGUUAUUUGAGACCGCCGCUGGUUAUGCGAUAUUCAAGGUCCUCGAUGAAUCCAAGCUGCAACAGGUGGACAGCCUGUACAAGGAGUUUGAGACGCCAGAAAAAGCGAACAAAAUUGUGAAGCUGAAGCACUUUGAGAAGUUUCAGGACACAACAGAGGCCUUAGCAGCUGCCACUGCCCUUGUUGAGGGAAAAAUUGGCAAGAGUUUGAAGAAAGUGCUGAAGAAGGUGGUCGCCAAGGAGGCCCACGAGCAGCUGGCAAUCAGCGAUGCAAAACUCGGUGGAGUUAUCAAAGACAAGCUGGACCUGAGCUGUGUCCACAGCCCUGCUGUGGCUGAACUGAUGAGAUGCAUCAGGAGCCAGAUGGAGAGUCUCAUCACCGGACUUCCUCCCAGGGAGAUCAGCGCCAUGUCCCUGGGGUUGGCUCACAGUUUAUCACGCUACAAGCUGAAGUUCAGUCCAGACAAAGUGGAUACUAUGAUUGUGCAGGCUAUUUCUCUUUUGGAUGACCUGGAUAAGGAGCUCAAUAACUACAUUAUGCGCUGCAGAGAGUGGUACGGCUGGCACUUCCCUGAGCUGGGAAAAGUCAUCACAGACAACUUGGCUUACUGCAAAGCUGUCCGCAAAAUUGGUGAUCGCACAAACGUGGCCGGCUCUGACCUGUCAGAACUUCUCCCCGAGGAAAUCGAGGCCGAAGUUAAACUGGCUGCUGAGAUCUCCAUGGGAACAGAAGUGUCAGAACAGGACAUCGGCAACAUAAAGCACCUGUGUGAUCAGGUAAUUGAGAUUUCAGAAUACCGCACUCAGCUGUACGACUACCUGAAGAACCGAAUGAUGGCAAUCGCCCCCAACCUGACAGUAAUGGUGGGUGAGCUGGUCGGCGCCCGUCUCAUCUCACACGCUGGUUCUCUCCUGAAUCUGGCAAAGCAUCCCGCCUCCACAGUGCAGAUCCUUGGAGCAGAGAAGGCCCUGUUUAGAGCCCUGAAGACCCGCAAAGACACACCCAAGUACGGUCUCAUAUACCACGCCUCUCUAGUGGGCCAGACCACUGCCAAGAACAAGGGCAAGAUCUCCAGAAUGCUAGCAGCUAAAGCAUCCCUGGCUAUUCGCUAUGAUGCCCUAGGAGAGGACACAAAUGCAGAAAUGGGAGCAGAGAACCGCGCGAAGCUGGAGGCCAGGCUGCGGCAGCUGGAGGAGAAGGGCAUCCGAAGAAUCAGUGGAACGGGCAAAGCAAUGGCAAAGGCAGACAAAUACCAGCACAAGAGUGAAGUAAGAAUUUAUGAUCCAUCUGGUGAUUCUACUAUUCCGUCCACCUCAAAGAAGAGGAAGUUUGAGGAGGUGGAGGAGGAGGAGGAGGCUGAAGAGCCUGUAACGCCCGUGGUCAAAGCCAAAAAAGCCAAAAAGGAGCCAGUAGCAGAAGAGGAAGAAGCAGAAACGUCAGCAGCAGCAGAGGAGACUCCCAAGAAAAAGAAGAAGAAAAAGAAGGACAAAAAAGCAGAGGCUGAAACAGAGGAACCAAAGGAGGAAGAGGAGGAAGUAGCGGUAACAGAGUCAACAGAAAAGAAGAAAAAGAAGAAGAAAAAGAAGGUGAAGGAGGGGGAGGAAGAUGAUGACUGAAAAGGGUUGGGAGUGUGUAUAUAUUUUCUUGUUUAGUUUUUAUGCCAUUUUAAUUUUGUUAUGCAUCUAUAUCUAAUAAGGGCAAUACUGUAUUGUCUGUUUCUUAACAUAAGAAAAAGACUUCAUGUUUAAGAACAAAAUUAUAAUUAGAUCACCUUUUAUAACUGAGUGAGGUGUGGUCCGAAAUCCCACAAAGUGUAUUUCCAGUCAUAAAAUGAGUGAAAAUUGUAAAUCAAUUUAUUUUUUUUUGUUUUUUUUUUUCCCAAAAGAUGUUUAAUAAGGUUGUAACCUACUAUCCCGGUUAUACAGUUUCUAUGUUGAUCUUUAUUUGUGAGCACAUCUUUAUCGGACAUGUAUCAAAUUCGGCGCGGAGCAAUGAGUUGAUAACGUUUCCCAGUUCUCUUGUGACAAACCUUUUUUAUUGUCUAAGACUGUGAACAUCUGCCCUGGUGAAAUAAAACAUUUUGCUGUCA